AUGACUGACAGCUAUCUGCUUCGUUGUGCCUCCGAUAAGCGGCCCACGGUGCGUAUUAGCAAUGUGCGGCAUCAAUCGACCAUUGUCAACAAGACAUUGACGAGCUGCUAUCAAUUGAGGUGCGAGAUAAGUCUUAUAUCAAUAUUCCUUGGCCUCUUGGCGCUCAGCUGCGCUGCCAGCCUGUACUUGGACGAGGUCUCCACAACGACCUUGCCGGCCACCUGCUUAUUUGAGGACGAGAUGUGGGGCGAUGAAGAUAUACGCAAAUUCUACUUCUGUUGGGACAAUGUGCCGAUAGUAUCGGAAUGCGAAGAGGGCUAUUACUUUGUGAAGAAUGCCACGGAUUCCGGCUGCCUGCCCGCAAAGCUAAUGAAUCCCGCCUGUGUCAACCUGGAUGUGACUGUCGGCCCCUGCACGGGCAGCAAUUUGCUGCAGCCGCAGGUCAGCGCAGUUCUAACCAAUUUCUGGCUUUGCCGCGAAGAAGGUGCCGCGCCCGUGGAGCUGACAUGCCCAGAGGACCAGGUGUUCAUUAAGCAGGAUGGUUACCUGGGCUGCUUCGAUUGGCAGACAUAUCGUUCGGUGCGCGGCUGCCCCGCCCAAUAAAAGGUUAUCGAACGACGAUCCAUGCUGUUCGCCGAGCAUUUUUAAUUGUAUAGCCAUUCUAUUUUUUCUUGAAAGCGACCUUAUCAUGAUUAAAUAUUACUAACUUGAAUGGAAAUUAUUAAUUUUAA